GGAGCAGCGGAUCUCUUUUUUCGUCGUCGACGAGCUAGCAUUCCACAAUCCGUUGGACGCCGUCCACCGUUGUCGGCCCUGCGUGGUUGUUCUGAUGCAAGUAGUGAAGAAGGUUUCGAACUCUAUGGCUUUCCCAAAACCCGUGAGCUGGUGAUUCAUGGCUUUGUCCUCCAAACUUCCAUACCAGCUCAACUUCUUCCGAACUUUUGUGAAUGCAAAAGUCAAAUGGGUCCGAGACCCAUAUCUUGACUCUGUGGUGGAGAAAGAGAAGAAUCUCAAACAGGCAAUUUUCCUUAUGAACCAUAUUAUUUCAUCUCCUUCCGAAUGUCUUCCCCUCUCCACUAUUUCUCUGCUUAAAUCCCCGCUCAAUCUUCCCACCACAACAGCCAAAUUCAUUGAUAAAUACCAUUCAAUCUUCAUACAAUUCCAACCCAGACCCGGACUACUUCCCCAUGUCAAGCUUACUUCUCCAGCCUUAGCCCUCCACAAAGAAGAAUUGGCCAUUCACAGCUCUGUAACCAUCCGCCAAGAUAUUGUUAAGAGGCUCACAAGGCUUCUAAUGCUUGCUGGAAUUUCAAGAUUGCCCAUUUAUGUAAUUGACAAGUUCAAGUGGGAUCUAGGUCUUCCUCAUGAUUACAUAACAGCACUUUUGGCUGAUUACCCUGAUUACUUUGACAUUUGUGAAGUUGAAGAUCCGUUGACAGGGAAAGAGGUGCUUGCUUUGGAGAUUGUUUCCUGGAGAAAGGAGCUUGCUGUUUCUGAGUUGGAGAGGAGGGCAAUGAGCUCAUAUUAUGGUGGGGGAAAAAGAAGGCAUGAUAUUGCGUUCCCAAUGUGUUUGCCAAAGGGUUUUGAUUUGGAGAAGAGGGUGAAGACUUGGGUUGAGGAGUGGCAAUCAUUGCCUUAUAUUUCUCCUUAUGAAAAUUCAUUUCAUCUUGAGCCAAAUAGUGACCAGGCUGAGAAGUGGGUAGUGGCGAUUUUGCAUGAAUUACUUUGGCUUCUUGUAUCUAAGAAGACAGAGAGAAAAAAUUUUCUGUGCUUAGGAGGCUGUUUGGGGUUGGAGGAAAGGUUUAGGAAGGCUUUGGUUCAUCACCCUGGAAUAUUUUACAUUUCUAAUAAGAUUAAGACUCAGACUGUGGUGCUUAGGGAGGCUUAUAGAAAGGAUUUUUUGGUUGAAAAACAUCCAUUAAUGAAUACGAGAUAUUGGUACAUUCACCUAAUGACAAAAGUUGAGAAUCGCCUUAAACCUGCUAAGUUGAAGGAUAGUCAAGAAGUUAAAACUUAGGGAUGGAGCCUGGACAAGAUUCCAGUUCAACUAAUUAAAUUGACAGUUGGGCAUGGUUUUCAAAAUAAAGAUAUGGACUUCUUGUGAUAUUACUGAGAUGUUGAUCGAAGUUAACAAUGUAGUAAUUUCCUACUGUCAGAACUGGAGGGUUACUCCCUUCAACUCCAAGUUCGUUUGCAAUUCCACAUUCCCAAGUGAUUGACUUUAUUUUGGUGUGUAAUAUGUGGUUAGGUGGAUUGCUAUAGGUUUUGAAUUCUAGCUUUGCUAAUUUCUUUAGACCAGGCCACAAUGAAUUUCCUUGCAAAUCCUUUAGUCUCGGCAUGGAUGGCUUGCCUUUGAAUGAGACAAGGAGGUGGAUUAAUUGAGGUGCGUGGAAGCUGAAUUAGUUGCCACUUCGCUGCUAUAAAAGAAAUGUUUUUAGCACUUCUGUUACCAAUUGCUGUGGCAUCCUCAUUUACAGCUGAUUUCUUGAUCCUUUGGAAAAGUACAUUUGAUGAUGACUUGCACUUAACAUCUAAGGCAACUUGCUACAUGCUAUGUUAAGAGCUUGCAAUAUGAGUGCAGGGAAAUGGAUGCCAGUGCUUCUCUUGUGGUAUAUCAGGAGCUGGACCAUCUUAUAGGCUGAUUUAUUAUUCUACUUUGGAUAGUUCAUGACCUAUUCCAAAAGCACGUUUCCUCAUUCUAUUCUAUUAAGAGCCAUCUGGAAUGUAAUUAUGAUGUUUCUGGCUUCUGUUUGAGAUAUUACAAUUUGAAACGUUACCAUGGAACUUACAUAAUUAUGGAUUUAUGUUUUAUAUACUAUCAUUUUCCAUAUAUUUCAACCAUUCUUUUCUAUCUUUUUUAUGGUCAUAAAAAAACUGAAUAAUUAUUCUCCCCUGUUUUUAAUCUGCUAUAUAGAUGAUAAAACAACAAAUGAAUGGAAGUCCUUUUCAGAAUGUUUAGGAAGAAUAAAUUCCCUCCCUAGCACACAUGAUAUAAAAGAUAAUUCAGAAAGAGUGAUUCUUCUGUAGAUUUAUCUGUAUAGGUCUAACACUCAAUGUUAGCACAUAUUGGAGAAAGUAUGUUUAAAUUUUAUGUUAUUUACUUUUAUUUAUUAAUGAUUGUUGUCCAUCUUUAAUGUGACGGGUUGAGCUUGCAAAAAAAAAAAAAAUUUGUGAUGUUCGAGGGAUAAACUACGUGCAAUUUACUUUUUCUUCGUGUUGGUAUGAUAUCAAACUUGAGUGUUAUUUUGCCAAGUUCAUUUCUUUUAUUCAAUUGAACAAAAGUGCAAGAUCCAGUUAUUUGUUACUUCUACUUAUUUGUAUCUUCAUUCAGCUGCAGAUGCGAACAUAGCAUGGAUGAAAAUGAAAAUAUGCAGUGGAUGGCGUUGUUUUCUGUUUGGUCUUCCUCUUAUUUUCUUUCUUCCCCAUCUGUUAUCUGUCAUGGAGUUGCACCAAAAUUCAAGUGUGCAGGAACGCCAGAAGACACUUCAAAAGAAAUUUGAUCAUCUGGUUCUUGGUUCUGCUGCUGGUCAAGGCUUGCCUAAUCGUUUACAAUGCCAAGG